AUGUUUGCGAGCCGGCGCUUCUCGAAUCUCGCGCCCUCAACCGACCCCGAUCCUGUCCGUGUGGGAUUGAACAUGGAAAAGUCUGCCGCCCUAAGGCGAAGAAGACGUCGGCGGGUCGCCGAAGAGAACCGCAAGAGGGCGCCUCGUGCAGAGAAAUCCCCUUUCGAUGAUCCGGCUCAGUUAAACACACAGCUUGAAUAUGGGCCAUCAGUCGUAGGCCUUGAUAAGGGAAAUAGUGGCGGUCAAGAGAGUCCUCAAAAUGCGACUGAGAAUCAUGAACUACUUUCACCUGCGUCAGCUUUGUCGCAGGGUCUCGCAAAACAUGUCAUUGCGGAUAAUUCAAAACGAGUUCCGUGGCCGAACAUCCUGUCCCGUUUAAGGGAAGCUUUCUCUCUUGGGCCACAGACAGCUUCCGAAGAGCGUGACAUGGUUGCAAUGCAAGCACGCAUGACCCGACCGAAGGCCUUACACGCUUCUGAAUUAAUACGCCUCCACGCUGCUCUCGAUGCGUUUCCCCCCCGCCCCGUAGCUGAUUUUCUUCUGUCGGUAUUCAUAAAACAUGCGACGGACACAUUCUUCUACUUUGAUCAAGCUCAAAUGCUCGAUGACAUACAUCAAUUCUAUACUGAUCCGACCUCAAUAUUGAGAUCCGAUCCCGCUUUUAUAUGUCUUGCGAUGGCCACGUUCGCACUGUCAAGUCAAUGGACAACGCUGGAGAGGCCAGAGGGAACUGAUGUUAUUCAGAAGCGUGAUGACGACGACUUUGGAAGAAUUUUCUAUGAUCAUGCCAAGACUUUUAUUCCUGACAUUAUUGAUCGAUCAUGCUUGAGGUCUAUUCAAGCCCCCUUCGUUCUAGGUGUAUAUUUGAUGCCCGCAAGUGCAAUUGGAUCAUCAUACGUAUAUAUGGGCAUGGCUUUUCGAAAGGCACUGGCCUCGGACCUCCACAUACACUCGGAUGAUCAGGGAAUCGAUGAGAAGGGGCGGGAAAUCCGUCGUCGUCUCUGGUGGUCUAUCUACUCCCUUGAACGUUGUACAACAGUGAAAUUGAACAGACCUCGUUCAAUCAAUGUCGAUGUGAUUACAGUACCCCCUCCAUCUCCAUAUCCCCCUUUGGAUUGUCUUCAGAGCUACAAUAAUGUGCAAUUUCAAAUGGCGUACACUCGUUUAAUAAUGAUACUCGAUCAAAUAUCCGAUAUUGGCGACAAUUUGAUACGCCCAGAAGAACUAGCACGCUGUUCAAAGUGGGAAGUGGAUCUCAAAGACUGGAAAACAUCUUUGCCUUCUGAUUUUAGACUGGACCUCAUCAACCCUAGAGCCCCAAGUUAUCGCACUGUUUUCCAUCUCUAUCUAAACUAUUAUUAUGCAUGGAUUACUUUGGGGAAAGUUGCGCUCGUGACUGUUGCGCGUACCAACCUGCAGCGCUAUCUGCACCCGGAAACGCAGACACCCAAACUCUGCGACAAAGUCAAGAAGCUAUCGGAAUCAUGUAUAAAAGCUUCCAGGAAACUGCUACAGAUGUUUGAGAGCCUAACAAAUACUCAAAACAUAACGAGAUUCUCGUUCACUGACUUCCAAGGAUGCAGCAUCGCGACCAUUGUGACCCUAGUUGCUGGUAUCUCGGAUCGAGAUUCGGGAUAUGAAGCGAGGGUGGAAUUUGGCUUACAUUGUCUCAGAAUAAUGGCCACUGGAAACAUGACAGCAAAAAUGGGGGUCAGAUUUGUUGAGGCCGUGCAAGUUAUCACAAAUGAAGCAGCCGAAAAGCUUUCACGAGCUGCUUCCUCCAGCCGAAGGCAGACGGGCGCGUUUGGCUCUGAAUCUUCAUCCGCUUAUACACAAUGGGCCGAAUGGCUUGCCAUACAGGAAGGGUCACAGCCCAAGGAACGUCCAAUGUCAUCGCAGCCAUCAGAUGAAAUGACUGGGAAACCACUGGCUACAAGUCAAUCAACCCAUACAUGGCCACAAUCUCAAGCUUCCCUCAAUGGUGGGACUACAUGGCGAGAUGCCACCGAGGAAUUAUUCCCUGCAGCCCCUUCUCCCCUUCGAAAUUUGAUGGAAGAUUCAUUCAUGGUUCCUGGGCCAGAUACUUCAGACUUUGGGUUUUUGACAGGACUUCAUACCGAUGAUCAAACACUCUUAAUGGGCUUAACCGGUCUAGAUGCACUGGAUUUCUCGGGGUUGACGGAUCAGCUUGAAUGA